AUGUGCACGUAUGAAUGUGUGGGUGUGUGCUGCACCAGACAUCAGCAGCAGGUUGAGAGCCGACACACAGAGGAAGCAAGAGAGAGAAUAAAAGAAUAAGGGGGGAGAAAAAAAAAGAGAAAGAGAAACAGACACUUCUUCAUUCAGUCCUCUGAGAGAACUUCAAGACAGCUUUGUGCAGCUCUGACCACACAGUUAAAAUGUUGCCUGGUACCAGGCUCCUGCUGCUGUGUGUGCUGUGUUGUGUGACCACCACAUGGGCAUUUGCCCGCAUGUCUGACGCUGUGGAGCUGCGGUCCGCGUUCUCUGUGGCACGUACCAGCAGCAUGGAGGGAGGGCCGAAGAUGGUUGUCACCUUCGACAAGGUGUAUGUCAACAUCGGUGGUGAUUUUGAUCCGAAGGCUGGCUUGUUUCGUUGCAGGAUUCCAGGUGCGUACUAUUUCUCUUUCACGGUGGGGAAGUUCCCGCGUCGAGACCUGUCGGUCAUGCUGAUGAAGAACCGCAAUGAGGUUCAGGCGAUUGUCUAUGACGAGAACGCCGGAGAGGAGCGGAAGGUACAGAGCCAGAGUGCCAUGCUGCAGCUUGAUUUCGGAGACACUGUUUGGCUCCGUCUUCAUGGAGACCCUCGCUACGCUAUCUACAGCAACACGGGUCAUUACACCACCUUCAAUGGUUACCUUAUCUACCCCGAUGUAUACGGCUACCAAGAACCCACACACAAAGAUCAUGACAGUGACCAUCAACCACCAAAAACCAGUGAUGGCUCAUUGUCGGAGCAUAAAAAUAUGAAAGAAGAGAGACAGGAUGUAGAGAUAAAAGAAGAGGACGGGAGUGAUGGAGAGGAGGAAGAUGACGAAAAGCAGUCAGCAUUCUCAGUGGGGCGCACUCAGAGUAUUGUGGGAGUAGAUCAAGGAUACCCUGAGCACCAGCCCAUCAUCUUCGACACAGAGUUUGUCAACAUCGGCAACGACUUCAACUUGAGCUCCGGUAUAUUCAAAUGCAGAGUAGCAGGAGCCUAUUACUUCUCCUUUAAUGCUGGCAAGCUGCCCCAUAAGACCCUUUCAGUGAAGCUGAUGAAAAACCAUUUGGAGGUACAGACCAUGAUCUACGAUGACAGCGACACUGAGAAGGCCCUGCAGAGCCAGAGUCUGAUGUUGUCACUGCAGGCUGGAGAUACUGUCUGGCUCUACAGUCACCAGAGGGAUGGAUUUGGUGCUUACAGUAAUCAUGCCAAGUAUAUCACUUUCACUGGCUUCCUGGUGUAUCCCGAUCUCCACCGAAGCCUUCCUCAGCAGCAGAAACCAGAUAAGACACUGUAGGCCAGCCAAGGAACCAGUCAGUCUGGGUCUUUAGGAAGGUAAAAGUUUGGAGCAGCGCUUAUGUGGAAAAAAUGUGAGUUCCCUACACAAAAUCUUCUACACUUUAGAGACUGAGUGUCACUCAUCACUCCUGUGGUUUGAUUUCAUAUUACAAAAUCUCUCUAGCUCUUGUUUUCACCCUGAUAAUCUACUUUCAGGAAGAAAUUACUAAAUUAAGCAAGCAGCACCUGUGACAGUUUGGUUAAACAAGACCUCUACUCAGCAUCCCUAAAGUCGUCAUGAAACAGAAAUUACGAUCAUCUUUUCUUCCCUAUUGUGACAAAAAAAAAAAAAUGUACGGUAGCACUUGAUUUUGUCCAUCGGAAUUUAUUGGAUCGUUGUAGUUUGCUAAUUGAGCGAUAUCAUGUGAGUGGCAGGUUGCUGGAUUAUUGCCCAGCCGGAGCUUACAGAGGGAUGCUAUUGGGAGGGGACAUUAAUGUUUUUGAUUAAGAAUUACGAUGGCACAUACCAUUUUUUUUUUUAGAAGUAUGUGCAUGGAAAAUUCAUUUAUAAUAAAAACUGUAACAUUCCAUAAAAAAAUAAGAAUUGUCCAUUUUGAUUUCAUGGUGACUUUAAGGUCAAUAUAAAACAUACAAUAUACAGCUUUACUGAACAAUCUGAAAUUCUCUUCAGAGGCAGUUCAUUAGACAGCUCCGACUCAAAACUGUGUUUAAAUACAAAUAUUAAAUGCAUGCAUAUUUCAAAUAAGAAAUUUUACUGUCUUUUAAGCUUUUGCAUGAAAGAUUUGCACGAGAGCAACGUCUUCUGCUUUUUCAUCUAUUAUUUCCAGUGUAAAAUAUGGCACAAAAAACAGUGAUGACAAUGUUUGCAUUCCUGUAAAUCAUGUAGUCAUGUAGUCAAAUUCAUGCAUUCAGUCAAUAAUCAGUCAGGUUUUGAAACAGCAUGACACAUUCAAACAGAGGACAGCAUCUGUAAAUUUACUAUUGUAAGAAUCACCCAGUUGGCCCAAUGAAGGCAUCCAAUGGUGGUUGAAGGUUUCCAGCGUGUUCGGUCUAUUUAAUGUGCAGAGUAAUUGCAUUUAAAGUAAAUUAUAAUCUAAAUCCAUUUUAUUAUGACCUUGAAUUUAGGUUAGAAUGCUAAUUAUUAUUGAUUGUCCUGAUUAUUCUAUUUAACUCUUUAAUCAUAUUGUACUUGUUCAUUUGGAUUCUUAUAACACUUCUGAGUCUCACAACUCACAAACUCGUCAGUCUUGUUCAUUAGACAGAGGCGACUGACUAAUAUUCUAGAAGGCCCAUACCUACUUUGAUCAUUCUAGAAUAUAUUACUUAGUCCCCAUAGAUCUGAACACACUUAAAAGAAUGAAUGAAUAAAUAUUUAUUGUCAUUGUAUACACCAGUGGUACAGAGCAACAAAAUAGUGUUAGUGGCUCUUUAAGACACCAGAUUUUUCAUCUAAUUAAGGUAAGACUAUAUCUAACCUGAGGUAAUGAACAUUACCAUAGAACCAAGUUGAACAACUUAACCUCCUCUAAUGGUAACUUUAUAUAAUCAUGCCAUUGUUUGCCUUGUACACUUAGUUAGAAUAAUAUUACAAUAAUUAAAAUUUGAGGUUCACCAAUAUUAGAUUGGUCACCAACAACACUGUUGCUCUAAAUGGAAAACCCAUUAUUAGCUUCAACAGUCUAAUAAUACAUGACUAAUGCCAAUGUGUUGGUCAGAGCUCUAAAACAUCAGUUCCACCUAAGCUGCAUUUUAUUCUUUUACUAACCUGUGUGCAGAUUUGCAGUGUUAUGGACAUUUAUCAUUUAGAGCAAGUCAGAACAAAAUGUAGCAAUUUAUUAUCAAUCAGGUAAAUAUGUAUUAUGCCAGUCACAUAGUCAAUUAAGAGAUAUCAAAUCAAAUCAAUACAAGACAUCAAAUCCUCAUAAAUAAAUCUAAAGUAAAGGAUGCAUACCUGACUUAA